AAUAAUAAUAAUAAGAAUCAAUAAUAGGAUUCUUCCUGACGGUUCACCGUCGUCUCCUUCCUUUCGAUUCACAGUCAAGACAUUCUCUCCGCCCCUCAAGUUAUUGUUCUGGUCUCUGGUGAUUUUGCAGUGGAUGCCGAUUCCGAUGCUCUGAUUCCGAGAUCAAGCUUGGCAGUGAUCGAUGACACAAGUGAUUGUAAAUUAUUCGUGUUUUAGUUUUUUGCCUGGAAGUUUAGUAGGUUUGCCAUCGAAUCGAACAUAAUAAAUAUUUGCACUUUUAGAUUCAACGGUGCCCGUGCCCUGUUCUUCAUUUCUCUGUGGACCAUGGUCCAACCCUUCCCUUCUUCGGGAUGACCACUCCUUCACUGGAACGAUUCUGAAAUUCUCAUCUCAGCUACAACUGAACACACAUGUGUAAAAGUGCCGUGCCCAGAAGUGAAGAGGAGACAUGCCUAGGCGUCGGUGGCGUGAGUCUGUCAAGUCCUUCUUUGGAAGCCAUAUUGAUCCCGAGAAGGAUGAGGAGUUAAAAGGAACCAAAGCAGAAUAUGACGACAAGGUACAUAAAAUCUUAAAGGAUCUUGAAGAAGACGGGAAAGGGUCGGUGGCCAAUCUGAUUGAAGAUUUCCACAGUCAUUACCAGUCUCUUUUUGCACGGUAUGACCAUCUAACCCAAGAGUUGAGGAAAAACGCACAUGGAAAGGGCAGCUCUUCAUCCAGUUCGGAUUCCUCAGACUCAGACUCAGACGAUGAGUCUUCAACGAAGAAGAAGAAGAAGAAGAAGAAGAAUGGAAAAGUCGAGGAUAAUUUUGAGGAUCAGGCGCCGACUAUAAAGCAUGAGCUUGAGAUGGCUCUCUCUGAGGUUGCUGACCUGAAGAAAAAGAUGACUCUUGUCAUAGAAGAGAAGGAAUCUUUACAUCAAGAUGCUUUGGUCAAAGGACAAGCAGCAGAGAAAAUUGCUGCGGAAUUGAAUGCCCAGGCUGAGACAUGGAAGGAUACGGCCUCCACACUUUCGUCUGAAAACGCCAAUCUGAUGGCAGAGCUGGAGAGGUCGCAUCAAUCGCGAGAUGAACUGAAGAAGAAACUUGAAGAUACCAGCUCAGAAUUAGAAAGCUUGAAGAGCGCUGCAAAAGAGGCAGCUGCUAGGGAGUUUGAAGAGCAGAAGAGGCAGGCUGAAGAAUUGUCAGCCAUUAACGGUCACUUGCAACAGGAGAAGGACACCAUGCUGGCGGAACUGGAAGGAUUGAAAGGAGACCUUUCUGCAUUUAAGGAGAAAUUUGGAUUCGCUGAAGAUGAAAUAUUGAAGCUAACUGAAAUGCAAAAGGCUGCGGAAGAGGAGAACACUGCCCUGUCCGCGAAAAUUGCACAGCUCCAGGAUGAGAUAAAACAAUCCGAGGACAGGGUUCAACAUCAUAUUUCCGAAUCCAGCCAGUUAAGUGAAAGAAUGGCUGUGAAGGAGAGAGAGCUUUCGAGCCACCUGGAGAUUCACGAGGCGCACAAGGAAGAAGCAAAUAAGAAACUGGAAUCUGCAGAAAAGGAAAUGGCUAGCUUAAGUCAGAUGCACAGGGCCGUCGGAGAGGAAAAAACUACUCUCUCGCUAAAGGUUUCACAGCUCGAGAAUGAUAUAGAGCAGGCCGAAAGCAAGAUUCAGCAUCUUGUUAACGAAUCAAGCGAGUUAAACAGAAGGUUGGCCGAGAAAGAGAGCGAGUUUUCAAGUCACCUAGAGCUCCACGAGGCUCACAGGGAACAAACGGCAACCCGUCUGAGGAAUUUGGAGCUGGAACUUGAUUCUUCGCACGCCCAGAGAAGAGAAGCCGACAAACAGAAAAAUGAUGAGCUUUCUUCUCUUUACCGAAAGCUAAGCGACCAGGAGAAGGAUGCACUAGAUCGGAUAAACAGCCUGACAUCACAGGUGGAAAGUAUCCAAGCUGAAGCUGAAGCUUUGCGGAUUCACAAACGGGAACUGGAAGAACAAACACUUCGCAAAGGCAAUGAAGCGUCAGCUCAAAUAGAGGACUUGACAAACCAAGUCAGUGCAAAGCAUAAGGAAUUUGAGGACCUGCUCUGUCAAAAAAUGGAAUCCGAGAUGCAACUGGAGAAAAGAGUGAAGGAAAUCUCCGAAUUCUUGAUCCGGAUUGAAGAUCUGAAAGAAGAGCUGGCGAGCAAGAACUCGGAGCUGAGCAGCAACAUUGAAGAAAAGGAAGCUCUUCAGUUGCAAGUGACGGAUCUCGAACUGGAGCUUAACACCGCACGCGGCCAAAAACAGGAAUUGGAGCAGCUUCUAAAAGAAAAGGGCCAGGAACUUUCAGAAUCCAAAUUUCAGGCAGACACUUUCAAAGUAGACCUGGAGAAGGGUGCAACCGAGCAGCGGAAAACAGUAGAAGAGAGAGAGAGUCUGAUCUUGCAAGUGAAGGACCUUAAUCUAGCGAUCGAUACCAUAGGCAAUGAGAAGCAUGGAUUGGAGGAGCAGUUGAGGAGCAAAAGUGAGACCCUUAAUCAGUUACAAGGAGAAAAGGCAACACUCACAGCAGAUUUGAAUGCUCUUAACCAGAAAGUGGAUUCUUUAACCGCAGAAAAAAGUGAGGCGGAUCUAGUGAUUGACAAAAUGAACAGAGAAAUUUCGGAGCUCCAAACCCGGAUACGAUCACUGACGGAGGAAGUAUCAUCCAAAACUGGUGACGGGGAGCGUGCCCUGGAAGAGAAGGAGGUUCUUGCUCUGCAGCUAAAUAAUUUGAUGGUGGAGCUGAAGAGUGUUGGCCAUGAAAAACGCAAAGUGGACGACCAGAUAAGGAUGAUGGUGGAUGAGCAAAACCAGUUGAGGGAGGAGAAAGAAAGUCUCUUGCUCAAGAUAUCAGAACUGGAGAAGACAGUGGCAGAGAGAGAGAAUGAUAAGACCGCGACCCAGAAUAGAUUGGAUGAAUUACAUACACAAUCAUCCAAGGAAAUUGCCGCUCUGGGAAAACAGGUUGAAUCGUUGCAGAAACAGCUGGAAGUGCUGCAAUUCGAGAAGAGCCAGUUGGAGGUUGAAAUUGAGAGGGGCAAGCAAGAGACUGCAGCAAGUUUGGCUCUGGCUGAGAGCAGCAACUCUGAGCUGACAAGCAAGAUCGUUGAACAACAGGGGAUGUUGAAAGAAUGGGAAGACAAGCUGCUCAGAUUGUGCAAGGAGCACGAACAGCAGAGUGAGGAGGAUCUUAAAUCAUCAGCGAAGAGGAUGGAGGAGAUUAGACAACAAUACCAUGCAGAGAUUGUGGCUAAAGAUGAGGAGGUUAAUCAGAUGGAGGAAAACAUUGAGGAUCUGAAGAGAGAGCUGGAGAUGAAAGCUGAUGAAAUCAGUUCACUGGUAGAGAACGUAAGUAAUCUGGAGGUGAAGCAGCGACUGACAAGUCAGAAGCUCCGCAUAACAGAGCAGCUUUUGAGCGAGAAAGAUGAAAGCCACCAGAAGAAAGAAGAGAAGCUGCGGGAGGAGCAGAAGUUGCUGGAAGAGAAGAACUCCAAGCUGUCAGGGGCGGUGGCUGCCUACAGAGAAGCCCAAGCAAGGGUGGCGGCGGAGGUGGCGGAGAAGGUGAACGGGACAUUGAACGGCAUUGAUGCGCUCCACACGAAGUUCGAAGAAGACUUUGGUCGCCUGGAGUCCCGCAUCUGCGAGACCAUAAAUGAGGUGACAGUCACGGGGAAUGGCAUGAGAGAAGCAAAGCUGGAGAAGGAGGAGGAGAUGAGGUGUGUGGCGGAGCAACUGAGGCAGGAGAAGGGGCGGGGGCUGGCUCUGGGGCGAAAGGUGGAGGAAGCGGAGAGGGCGCUGAGGGGCGAGAAGGAGAGGCUGGAAGAGAAGGUGCAGCGGUUGGAGAGGGCGCUGGCGGAGAGCGAAAGAAGAAUAGAGGAGAAGGAGGCAGGGCUGAGCGAGGUGAGCGAAGCGAAAAGGGAGGCCAUAAGGCAGCUCUGCCUGUGGGUCGAGUAUCACCGGGAUCGCUAUGAGGAUCUCCUCAAAGGCAUUGCUGCUGCAAGGCGAGGGCCACAGGUUGCGGCUUCCUGAAUAUAUAUAUAUAUAUAUAUAUUAUACCAAGUGCAAGUGCACCUCAUGAUGAUGAGCAUUACCAUAUAUCUUAGAGGAGGAGGAGGAGGUGCUGCUGCUGCUGCUGCUGCUGCUUCUGGUAAGGGUGCACUGAUGACUUUGAUCAUACUUAUAAUGAUAUCAUAGGCAUAAAUCUAUAUUUCUGCUGCACUAUUAUAUCAUAUCUUCCUAUUUGCUUGCUCCCUCCCUCCGUUAUACAUAGUGAAAAAAGGGGGGCGGGGUCAUAUACAAUAAUUACCAAGAGUAAUUAUAACAUUAUAGUUAUAUAGAUCGGGUAGGGUAUAGGGGAUGUUUAAUAAUUAUAUUUUGCUGGUGCGUGUGGUGUGGUGUGCUUAUUACUGGUUUUGGGUUUUGUUGAAUGAAGGAAGAAGUGAAUGGUCGUUGCGUCUUAGGUUUGAUUGGUAAGAAUGCACGCAUGCAUGCAUGCAUGUCGUUGUCCACUGCUCUUGCUUUCAUUCUUUCCAUUUGGUGUGUACUUUAGUUUUCUUCACUUCUUAGUUACUUUACUGUAGGGUUGGGUGGCUACUCUCGUUCUGCUCUGCUCUGCUCUUCUCCGCUCCGCUCCUGUUGGUUGGGUGUGCUGUACUACUACUACUACUUGUAUAUAGCAACAUUCAUUUAAAUCUUAAGUUGCUGCCUGCUGCUACCUACUACUACAUUCAAGUCUGCUCUACUGUCGUUAUGACUAUUAAUUUUGUUAUUGUUAUUGUUAUCUUUUUUUUUUU